UCAUGGAUUGUCCACAACGCCAAUACUCCAACUUACAAAACUUUGUCAGUGAAGACGUUUUUUGGCCAAACACAACAUCUCCGUCUUAGAUCAUCCACCAUACUCACCCGACUUGGCCCUCUGUGACUUUUUUGUGCCCUAGAGUCAUGUCAGCUUUGAAAAGAACGAGAUUUGAAACAGUUGACCCAGUAUUAGAAAAAGCGACGGAAGAAUUGAACAGGGUUACGGAAAAUUGUCAGCUACGGGCGGAAUAACUACGGGAGCCAUACAAAACACUAUGAGUGAGAGUGGGGUCACAAUACAACUGACUUAGCAAUCUUUGUUAUCAAUUUAAAAUUAUCAAGAAGCAUGUGAUUAUGUUUUCAUUAAUUAAUUUCUGUAUCCAUCUUUUUGUUGUAUGAGUGUUGUAUAAUUUUGUGUUUUUCAGCAUCAAAAUGGUUUUCUUAAGCAUUGAGAUAUUAUUAAAUGUGUUAUUUGUACUUUUCACCUACUCAGUCCAAGUGAGUUAUGGGUCAAGGCUUAAGUCAACAACAUCGACAGUUGCGGAUGUGGAGGUAACGGAGACCACGACCCUCGCCAAGGAGCCAUUACCUUGGUACAUGGCCAAGGGGAAGAGAUUACCAAAACCUGCCAAAAUCAGUCUUUCAGGGCGCAGGAUCGCCAAAUUGUUUCCAGGAGAGGACAGAGGAGCAGAUAGGAUAGAGAACCAACUCAUGUUUUACCCUCCAGAGCCCAUUGAACCGGGGCAAGUUAAAAAGAUCCUGAUGUUCAAUGGGUUGACAUCCUGGGGGCUCAAGGCUGGCAGAGAGACAUUUGCUGAGUGUCCUAUCAACACCUGCUCUCUCUCCGCCAACCGGGUAGAUGCUGAGGAUGCUGACGCCAUCCUGUUCAAAGACCACCUUGUACAUCCUGGCAUUCAGCGGCCAGCAAAGCAGGUAUGGAUACUGUAUCUACUGGAGUGUCCAUACCACACUGCACAUGUUAAGUACAAUGACUUGGUCAACUGGACAGCAACAUACCGCAGUGACAGUGAUAUCGUUGCACCGUACGAGAAGUGGGUCUACCACGAUGCGGCAGUCACUGAGUUCCAAGGUCCACUCAGAGACUUUGCCGCCAACAAAACGGACAAGGUCGCUUGGUUCGUGUCCAACUGCGGUGCUCGUAACGGAAGACUCCAGUACGCCCAAGAGCUACAGAAGCAUAUUCAGGUCGACAUAUAUGGUGCAUGUGGAAAGCACAAAUGUCCUCGUUCUUUGGCUGAAAAAUGUUUUGAGCUCCUCGACAAAAAAUAUAAAUUUUACUUGGCUUUUGAAAAUUCCAAUUGUAAAGACUACAUUACAGAAAAAUUCUUCGUGAAUGGACUUGGGCGCAACAUUCUACCCAUCGUGAUGGGUGCAAGACCAGAAGACUAUGCGAAAAGUGCUCCAAAACACAGUUACAUCCAUGUGGAUGACUUUGCUUCCCCCAAACAGCUUGCUGAGUACCUGCACAAGUUGGAUAAGGAUGAUGACCUGUACAAUGCGUACUUCAAGUGGAAAGGCACCGGAGAAUUUAUCAACACUCACUUCUUCUGUCGUCUGUGUGCACUGCUCCAUGACGAUUACCCUGUCAAGAGCUACCGAGACAUCAACGAGUGGUGGAGAGGCGCUGGAACGUGCACUACCAGCUCCUGGCGUACGCUGAGGGACUGACGCUUCCCGGCUCGGCGCUUCUAGACCGAGCAAUAAUACAAACUAUUGUUACACCAUUGUGUGAGGAAUUUCCUGAAGGCCUCAUACAUAGAGGAAUGAGUGUUAGGAAAUUUGAUCUCAAAGUACGGAGCUUAGAUCAUUCCUAUGAAGCGGAUGUUUUAGCGAUAACUACCUUUUUCAAAUAAAUGCCUCUUUUGAAGUGUUUAAUUUCUACACGAUAAGUAGAUUUUAGUUACUUUAAAAGUAAUUAAAUUGAUUAAUUUCAUUACUAAUUUUUAUGGCUUAGGAGUUUAUUCAAUUUUAUUAUUUAAGUUUAAUAGACAAUCUUUUCUUUAAAGCUUGCCAUCAAUCAAAUAUAGAGACCAAUCAGAUAUGUUUAACUCGCUUUCACAAUAAAAUCCACAUCAGCAAAUUAUAACUUUACAAAUGACAAACACUGAAUGCUCAAGUACAAAAAGCUCUACAUUGUUCAUAAUUUAGUCUUAGUUUAUUAUUAAAACUAUUAAUUGUAAAUUUGUAUUCUUUUAACGGGUAUCACAUUUUAUUGUUAUUCAAUGAACAUAAUUCACCAUGUUAUUUAGAACUAGAUUAUGCGUUGUAGAAAUUAUAUUUAUAUUUGCAAAUUAAAAAGCUUGAUGAAAGGGUAAGUAAACCACAAAUAUUCUCCUCAAGAAUGAUUUUAAAUUAAUUUAGUGUGCAAUGGUAUUUAAAAAGUUUAAUAUAUUUUUAAUAAUUAUGAUGCUAGCAUUUUAAUGUAAGUGAGUUAUUUUACAAGGUAAUUCCUAAAUUAUUUUAUUACAGUAUUUAAAAGUGUUGAAUUUGAAAUCUACCACUUUUUACGUUAACAAAAAACGUAUAUUUUAUCAUUAAUGGAAUUUCUCAAUGUCUCACCAAAGGAUUUUCUAGUUAACCAUCUAUCACCGAAAUUCUAAUUAAAAAUCAACUAAGAAGAAAACUAUGAGUAUUGUUAGACAGCACAAUAUUAUUUGUACCUGCCUAUGCACAAACGGACAAGAAUUAUUGCUCUAAAAUCCAAAGUACAGUAUAUGUAACCUUUUUUCAUGUAACACAUGUAACAAAAUUUUCACCUUAUAGUUAACUAAACAGUUUGCUAUAAACCAUAAAUUAUGAAGAAUUUAACAAAACUAGUUCGUUCCAAUAUGUAGCUUCAAUAUUGCUAUUGAUUAAUACUUAAUGACAGUUAUUUAAGUUAUAUCAUGAAAGUAAGUACAAUUAAGACAGUAGGGCUUUCUAAUAAUAAAAGACAGCCAAUUCUUAAGGCAAUAGCUAAGCACAUUAGAAAAAGACUACUAUAUACCCUUAAAUCGUUAAAUAAAAUAAACACAUUUGAUGUAUGAAAUAGUAAUAAUAUUUCAAGGCAAGGGAAUGUUUUUCCUACACAUUGAAAUACUCUUCGCGUCAGUUCCCGUUUAACUCCUAACGCACAGCAGCUUAACCCUUGAUUGACUGCAUCUAAAAGCACAUUAGCCAAUUUUUUUUAGACUGACUCGUUUUAGGAAUUAAUUAUUAUCUUCUCAGCAAAUUAGAUUUAAUAUCUACAAUCAGUAAGAUUUAUAUGAUUUCUUUUUAAAAAGCAUGUUUUGUUUAUGCAAAUAUAAAAAUAUAACAGCAAACACACUUCCUCACAAACAAAAAUAAGAAUAGUCACAAUUAAUAUCCUUGCACAGAUCAGUGGCCCAUGAGGACAGACAUUAUCCAGAAAAUAGGAUCAACCUUUUUUUUAAACAAAUAUUUAUUUUAGACAACAAUAAAAAUCUGCAACUGUGAUAGUAAAUAAACUUUAAUGAAUGAUUUUUAAAUUACACUUAGUUUUUUGUUUUGUACUUUUUACAUAUUUCAUUACUUUAUGGGGGUUUAAUAUAAUAAACGUGAACAGAAAUUCCACUUCUAAUUGUAGUUACAUCAUAAAAUUCUCAGAUGUAUCUUGUGGAUAUAUCUGUUGGCAAAAAUUAUCUUGUAUUCUACAAGCUGGAGUAUUAUAUAUAGUAUUAUAUUGUCAGUGUGCUAUGAUGAAGCCACAGAACAUGGCUCAUCUUUAUUGUAGGCAGUAUAACAGCUGUGCACCAAUACCAAUACUGCUGAUAGUUCUCUAAAGAUUUUCAACAAUGGUUUUCAUUUUAAAAAUCAUUAUCAACAUUCUUUAAUUAAACCUGUUUUAGGUGACUGAUCAGUGUUCUUGGUUUUAAGAAUGGUUCAGACUGCGGUUGGUGAACUUGUUUACUUUACAAAGUCAUAUUACCUUAUGCACAUGUCAUAAAGGCUGUUCAAGGACCAUAUCAUGUCAGUUUUAGUUUUUUAUAUAAUUAUAUCGUAGUCAGUAUCGGAACCAAUUUACAAAUCAAGUAUGUAUGCACAUUAGUUAUGCUCAAACUAGGUUUAUGUUGUCUCAAUUAACAAAAAUACUGUUUGUUUUAAGAAAAUAUAAGCUACGUUGCAUUUAAGAAAAAAAUAUGUAUUUGUUAGCAUUUAGUAAAUAUUUCCCUAUUCUAUUAAUUUUUCUUUGUUUUAUUUACACAAUUGUUUGAAACUAGCACAAUGUUAUUAGGGUGCACUUUGAGGUUGUGACAUUAUUUAGCAAUAUGUGGUAUACUUGUGUGUGAAAAUGCCUCUUGUUCUUGUAGACUUUUGACAAAAGACAUUGUUUCUUAGUUAAUUUAGAUCUUUAAAUUUAGUGAAUCUUUUUCUCUGGAGCAAUUGUAUUUAAUAUAUGGUUACAUCAUUUUUAAAUCAAAACAUGUUUUAAUUUGAAUCUAUCAACCAUGGUACAAUAAAACAAGCACUUCUUUACUUUUACAAUCUAUAGGAUGUAUUAACAAUACAUUUGUUUGGAAUCUAUACUUGGUGAAAAGUAUUCUCAUUUGAAGAUCAACAUAAAAAGUAGAGAAAAAUUCUAAUCAAUUUACAGUACAAUUGAGCAGAUAUGGUUUUGUUACCAGAAUAAUGCCUUGUUAUUUGUACCACAGAAGGCAAUCAACUCCUUUUAUGCCUUUAUUACUUUAAUUUUGUAUUACUGCAACAAACUGGACAAUGGUUCAGUUGUACCACUACAACCAAGUUAAACUUCUACUCUUCACAGGAAACUGUGCCAUUCUCUGUUGCUCAUUUAAUACCAAGACAUUGAAAUUGUUAGUUUUUAUAACUUUAACUUGUGAUGUAACUUUAACUUAGUAUUGUUCUCAUUACAUCAUGACCUAUAUUGAGUCAGAUACACACAUACCAAUUCACAACCAAUUUUUCCUUAUUCAGGAUUCAUAAAUUCAUCAAUUUCAAUUUUUUUCUGUGAAAGAUGUUGAAGUAACAGUGUAACUUGAUACUGACGGAGGCAUUUGUAUUAUUCCUCUCAGUAUUAUUUCUGUUGUCUUCAACUGUCAAAUAAAGAUGAAUAGAAAAAUGUAUAAAUAUUAUUCAGGUAUCCAUUAGUUGUGUUAGAUAGAAACUUUUAUUUUAGAUAGUAUGAUUUCAUUUAUUUUCCAUGCAUAUAGUGUUUUAUCAGUUUAACUAUUCAUUUAGUACAAAUGUUUUCUAAUUCUAUUACAAUUUAAUAAAAUAAAUCAUCAAUAUAGCACUAUAAGAAAUAACUUAAAAUACAAUAUGAAAUCCAAUUGUUUUGUUCUUUACAUUUUCAUACAUACAGAUCACAAGUAUUUAUAUAUGAUUUUUGUAUUCAAUUUGUAUUUAUAUUUUAUUAAGUUUAUUUUGUUUUAAGUUUGAAAUGAGUGGUCUUUUAGUUACCAUUGAAACAAAGUUUUAGUAACAAACUUUGAUACUAGGUUUAGUAAGUUACCUUACUGUUAUAGUAUGAUUACCUAUUAACCAAUUAUCUAUGUAAUGUAUUUCAAUCUUUUCGAUAUGUAUUUACUUUUAAAUAAUUUAAUAUACAAUUUUAAAGAGUAUUGUCCUUUAACAAUAACAAGGAAUUAGAGCACAGCUUUGCACAAAUAUAAAUAAUGUAUUGACUUGAUUUACAUUCCAUGUUAUAAGCUGAAUAGUGAAUGUUCUUGGUGGAUAACCUUGAAAAAAGUUCUAUUUCUAAAAAUUAAUUACAGUAAGUUAUAUUUAAUAAUGUACAGUUAAUUGUUUGAACCAAAGUAACAUUUGAUUUGUAGGCGAGACCAGGGAAUAGGAAUAGGGUAAUGAUCUAUAAGUGAGACUAGGGAAUAGGAUAAUGAUCUGUAGGCGAGACUAGGGAAUAGGAAUAGGGUAAUAAGAAUAACCGAGAGAUAGAGUCUACUUGCCCCUACAAUUCUGUUAACUUAUUCCUGUUUAAGAUACACAAGGUGGCACAGUACCCCUUGACUCAUGAGUUUAAUGCCAUAUACCCAAUUUAAUUUCAGACAGUCGUCCUGACCUUAUUUUUAAUUUGAUUCAUAUGAUUUUUAGAUAAUUUUACUCGUCAAAGCACUGUCUUGUGAAUCCGGUGAUUAACUUUUCCAAAAAUGCAAUGCUGAUAAUCUAUUAAAUGCAGUCUUGUGAUUGCGUGAUUUUAAUGUCAAAAUUUUGAUAACUGGAUUCCACUUUUACAUGCAUAAGCUUCAAAAUCAUUUUUGUUUUGCCAAAUCAUCUUGUUUAGGUAUGUCAGGAGGACAGUUUAAAAUUAACAUUGAACUAAAUUCACGAUCAUUGAGGAUUACUGUGCCUUCUUAAAGGAGAAUGAAUGAUUGGUUUUCGAAUGAGCUGCUCAAGAACCAUCAACGCCGAACCAGUUAGUGGGAUGCCAUGUCUAGGAAUCAUCCUCUUGCUUCAGACUGUUUGUUACUAAUGGCAGAAGCAACUGUGGGACACAAAGCUUCUUGUGUUCAUUUGUUGAGAUUUUAAAGACUAGAUGCAGACUGUUAUGCACCGGCCAAAGGUGUGUUAUUCUCUUGCUGAUUCCUUUAAUAAGAUGUUGAGGCAUUGGAAAUAUGUACUGGUGCAAAAGUAGUAGAAGACUAUUAUGGGUAAAGCAGCAAAAUGGGCAUUCAGUGGUGUGACCAGAGGCAUACAAUUAACAGUGACAGUGGAUGAAUAUUAGAAAUCAAUCAUGUCCGUUAUCUGGAAUAUGGUGACCUUUCUGGAGAUGCUGGAAUUUAAGUUCCCUUUAUUAACUGCACCUGAAAAUGAUGGUGUGUAGUGAAACUCAGUUUCAGCGUACAUAUUAGCUCUUCUAAUAAGCCUCAUUCUUCAAUCUGAUGGGUUUUCCUUACAGUCUUUGGUCAACAGGACAAUCACCAUUGCUAAAUUAUCCAAUUCUGUUAUGCCAGUUGACUUUCAAAAAAUCAACAUUACAUCAGUGAUUGUCAGGUAUUUUCAUAAAAUCUGGGUUCUCCGUCUUCAGGAAGUAAAAGUUAGUACGUAACACGAUCUUAUCAUUGUGCACAAUCACUGAUAUGUUCAGUUUAUCGUAAAAUUCUGGUUUAGUGUGACCCUAACAUCCUGCCUGUUUAGGGGAUUCAUAACAGGGGUUCUCAGUUAAGAGUUUUGAGAAUAAGAGCUACAUGGGUAGAAAUAACCCAUUUACCCACUCCCUGUGCAAGACUUAUGAAAAUUAUGAAGCAGAAUUUUAAACACAGGCACCAAACCUGUGCUUCCUAUCAUAUUUCAAUCAGUUAUUCGCUGGGUUUUAAUUUGUGUUACUACCAAACUUAUAUACUCAAAUUAUAUAUACAUAUCGAACCCUGAUUUUAUUUGAAGCAUUUUUAAAACAGUUAAAUUUUUCUGAGAGAUUCUGAAUUAUUUUAACCAUCUAUAAUAGAUUUGUCAGCACAUUAUUUCAGAUAAAAUUGAAGCAGAUGGCAAGUGUCAAAAAAGUGUUAGUCACAAAUUGAGCCAUUUGUGGCAAUCAACAUGUUUAUCUACCUUUUAUUCUGACAUGGUAUAUAAUCCAUUUAAUACUCUCGACAAGUAUUUAUACAGUAGGUUUGUGAGAAAGAUCUUUUAUAUCUGUUUUUGAAUGUUUGGAAUAAACACUUUAAAUCUACUGAAGAACUAAAUUUGCUACCUUAAGUUUCUUGGAACCUCAUAAUUGAUUGGUUCUUCCCUAUUGUACUUGAAAUGGUUUAAUAGUUUAUUUGGUACAAAUUAGUUAUAAAUAAUGGACGGAAAUCAUAUUUAGAAUUAAAUAAUGUACGGUUCCCUUAAUUAACCUUUCAAGUAAAUAACGUUCAGUUCAUACAGUAACUAUCUUAAACAGUAACCUUUUGUUCUGUCAUGUAAAUCUUGUUGUAUGUAACAUGCGUAUAUUACUUUAUGAAGCUUAUUUUUCUUGUCUAUUGUAAAAUAAAUUAAUAUGUUUCACUCUGUCUACCAUGUAUAGUGUAACACAAUAUUUAUGUUAUGCUGUAUACAAUUAAAACUGCCAUUUAUUUAAAAUAAAAGUUACCAAGCACAUUCUAAAUCAGGGCAAAACAAAAAAUAUUACUCUUGUUGGUAUUAAUAAUUAAUGUGAUUAUUGUGUUGUAACGCUUUAAAAUCCCAUGUUCGUUUUAAUUUAUCAGUAGCACUUAUACUUUAAGUAACUUAUACUAGUUAAUUUUAAAAUUUUUUGAUACUAGAACACAGCUGUAUCAAAAUGCAAAUAUUGUAUGUAGUAUUUCUUAAAGGGGUUACUUUUAUAUUAGAAUAAACAAUUGCACUUGUCAAUAUGAGCAGGAGUACCGUCUCCUCAUUGUACAUAGGUCUAUCGUAUAUAUAGAUGUAUAUAGCGCGUAGUAGGGCUAUAAUUAUUAGUUUCCAAGUUAACUGUGAUAAGACAUGUGUAGAUUGUAAGUAAGGUACGGUUGGCUGUUUCAUAAUGAUUGUUGUACUUGAUGCACUAUUAAAGACUGUUUUGAUAA